AUGGCGGACAACGAUUACGAACGUGAAGAAGCUGAUUACGAUGAAGAGGAGGCCGAAGAAGAGGACUUUGAGGAAACUGCUGAGCCCAAUAAUGAACAAGAUUAUAUUGAUAUUAUAACACCCGGGAAGGCUGGAGGAGGAGCACCGAAGAACAAACGUAUUACAACAAAAUAUAUAACAAAAUAUGAAAUUGCGCGAGUUUUGGGAACGAGAGCUCUGCAACUCUCAAUGUCUGCGCCGGUUAUGAUUGAUAUCGGAGAAGAAACUGAUCCUCUUGCGAUCGCCACCAUGGAGUUACAAGAAAAGAAAAUUCCGCUCAUUAUUCGCAGAUAUUUACCAGAUCGUUCGUAUGAGGAUUGGCCAAUAAAUGAAUUAAGUAUUCUUAAAAUCCAAGCCCAAACGAAGAACGGCGUUGAAAAAUACUGCUGUUUUUAG